AUGGUUCCUAUGAUAGUUUUGAAGGUUGAAAUCGAGGGAACUGGUGGUCAAGGAGGGAAUUUUGAUUUGCAGAAAAUGAAGUGGGCAGCUGAGGUUAUACUGAAUUUUGAAGGUCACAGGCAAGAGAAACUUACGGGAAAAGUGAAGAACGAUCAAUAUCCAGAUACGUUUUGUCGUUAUUCAACGAUUGUUUUUCAACAAAAAAAAAAAGGCCGGCCAAUCGCAGCAAGAGAGAGAGCGGGAGAGGCUCUCCUCUCCGUUUCCCGCAUAACUCAUUCCCGAGCCGACGGUGCAGUGUUCCGCCGAGUGGGAAGAUCCCCGCUUCCGUUCCCCGAACCCGCUCCGUCCGACCUAAUAACAAAUGCAUCUCUACAUGUACGAAAAGAUCCAUGGUUGAUGAAAAGGAAAAGAGUUUGUUAA